AUGUCUGCUGCCGAUAUCGACCCCGCCCAGCGGCUCAAGGACCGCAAGCCGAUCCCGAAGCCCGUCCCGGCGUAUCUCGCCACGGCCGGGUCACCACUUGCCGUCGACAAGGUGCUUUACGAGUCGGCGCAGAAGGCUCCAAGAGUUCUGGUGGAGGAGUUUACUUUGCCCAUUCGUUCCGGUAAGGCGUGGAAAGCGCCCGCUGGUUCGAUUGUGAGAAUCAGCACACCUGAGGGCCCUCAAGUUGCCGAGCAAUGCUACACAGUCGAACUGCACGCAAGCCACGUCUCUGUUGGCGACCGUCUGUGGUCCAACCUCCCGUACAUUCGCCCUUUGGUGACUAUCAUUGCGGAUACUCUGGCAUGGUACGGCAAAGAUGAGCACGGCGGACGCGUGCACGAUUUGCUCGGUACGCGAUGUGAUCCGUACAUCAACAGUAUCCUCAGCGGUGGAAGCUAUGAUUUCCAGUGCCACUCCAACCUCACUCGUGCUGUAAUUUCACACGGACUGAACGAGAGUGAUGUCCAUGAUGUUAUCAACAUUUUCCAAUCAACGGGGCUGGAUGAGCAGGGCCGGUAUUUCAUGAACCCCUGCCCGGCGGGGCCUGGUGAUUACAUCGAGUUCCUCGCAGAGCAGGAUGUUCUUAUGGCUUUGAGUACUUGCCCCGGAGGUGACUUGUCGCUGUGGGGAUUCGGCGAGGAUAGUGAGGAGGAAAUGAUCAAGUGCUGCAGACCGCUAAAGGUUGAAGUUUUCAAGCUGGAGGACGAGGGACUUCUGCAGCGUGAAGGAUGGAAGCCUGCAGAGGUUUCGCCUUACAAGGGAAGGCACGGAAUGAACAUUCCCCUGGGGGAGGUCCGCAACUAA